GUCGAACGUCCACAUUACAAAAUCCCGUUGCUCAUCAACCGCUUAGAGAGACUUGAUUCACAUUUCACCCAGUCCUCUCUGCACCAGCCAAUCACCAUGUCGAACCCGAGAAUAGAAGAGCUCCCUGAUGAUGAGCCUGACAAGAAGGCGGCAGCAGAAGAUGCCUCCAGCUCGUCUGACUCCGAACCUGAAGCCGCUGGUGAGGGAGAAGCCAAUAUUCCCGCCGGUUCUGCAGUCGCAGUCCACAGCCGAAACGAGAAGAAGGCGAGGAAGGCCAUUGGCAAGCUGGGCUUGAAGCAUGUUCCGGGAAUCACACGAGUUACGCUGAGGAGACCAAAAGGAAUCCUCUUCGUCAUCUCCAACCCUGAUGUCUACCGAUCGCCAACCAGCAAUACCUGGAUCAUCUUCGGAGAGGCCAAGAUCGAAGACCUCAACUCGCAAUCCCAGGCCGCUGCUGCUCAACAGCUCGCAGCUGCUGAAGCAGCCAACGCAGAUCACUCUGGCCACGACCACGCAGCUGAGAAUGGGAAGGGCAAGGCCGUUGAGGACAAGAAGGCGGAAGAUGAAGAAGAUGAUGACGAGGAAGUAGAUGACAGUGGUCUCGAAGCUAAGGACAUCGAACUGGUCAUGACCCAGGCAUCUGUGUCGAGGAAGAAAGCUGUUAAGGCUCUGAAGGAGAACGGCAACGACAUAGUCAACUCCAUCAUGGCGCUGAGUGUAUGAUCAGGAAAAGGCAAACCAAAAGUUUCUGGAUCUGCAUCGCUUCUACAGGGGUAGUCGGUCUUCCAUGGAAUUGGUUCAAUGGUCCUCGGCAAUCUAAGCUGCUAUGGCUAUGCAUGCAGACUUGAACAGCGAGCUAUCUGUCCAAAUUGCUCAUACGCAUCUGAACGAAUAGAACCGUCAGCGAUCAUUGCUUCUUUGUCCAUGCCCAUGUGUAUUUGAUUUGACUAGAAGGGAAUUUGUUCUUAGAUGUCAAGUGUAGACACUCGGAGCGACGUCAGAC